CUCUCUCUCUCUCUCUCUCUCACACACUCUGUCCCCCAUUCCGACUUGUUACUGACACGAAGGAUUCACGUGUUGAGGAAUAGACCGGGCGCCCUCUCAUUGGGAUUAGGACUCAUAGUGGGUGCCAGCGCUGCCCGAGGCCCGCUGUGAUUGGAAAUAUUAAAUCUUGCACGGAACAGCAUUUUCCCCAUCCCCCAAGUCCGUCAGAUCAUUUAAAACGUUAAAUGCUUCGCCGAAAACUAUUAUUGAAGCUUCUUUUACCUGUAGAUGAAAGUUGCCCAUAGAUGAAUUCAGGAAAAGUUCAGUUCCUGAAGACUCGAGGUAAUCCAGAAAUGCUCAACUAUGCACCCAGGCGAUAUCCCAGGGAAUCUUAUGAAGAAAAUUCACAGUAUGAUGAGCUGGCCUAUGAUGACUAUGAAUCUCCGUCUCACAGGCCGGAGAGAUGGAGAAAUGUGUCCAAUCAGGCCGAAAACAAAAGAAGAUAUUACGAUGAUGCUGCCUACUCUACUUCAGCCAGAGAUGAUUUCUUGGAUCAUGAUGACAGAGAUGAUUGCCAUUCACAGUACAACGAAUUAAGGAAUCCCACUGAACCUGGUGGGGACCCAGGAUUAUUUGGAAGGCAAGCAAAUACAGGUGACGGCAACGCCAGGAGAGGAUCUGGGAUCUACCGGAGAUCAGCGAGCCCUGGUGAGCCCAGAGAUCGACCAGAAUUAUACAGAAGCCCAAAUAAUUGGCAGUCUCAGAGUUCAGUUGAUGACUCGAGAGAUUACCAAUUCUACAGGAGAUCCCAAAGUCCUGAUGGCAGAGAUGGUCGUGGGUCAUACAAUAGAUCCCAACAUCCCGUUGAUAAGUCGGGGCAUUCAGAAUCACACAGGCGUUCCUGGAGCCCUGGCCAUGAGACUGGGGAUCAGGGAUCAAGCCCUCCACCGAGAAAUCCUGUAAAGGGACCUGAUGCAGAGUUAUACAAGUUAUUGAGUAAUGUUAUUGAUAAUGCUCGACGCAUGGCAGCAAAUAAAAAUGACCCCCCUCACACAUCCUGGAGCAACCCAUCAAGGGACUCCUCUGCGUACCAGACCGAUACACCUACAUCUGGGUUCCAUGAGGAUUAUAAACCUCACUUAAACCUGCAAAGCUAUAGUCACAAAAGCACAGAUGUUUCCAAAAGAGGUCGUUCUUUACAUGGUCCACCAAAAAGUACAAGAGCGCCUUUGCUUAAGCGUCCAAAACUUCCAGCGCGACGUGGUCUUCUAGGGAGAGCACCUGGCCUUCUUGGCAACGCACCCGGUCUUCUAGGGAUAGCACCUGGCCUUCUAGGGAUAGCUCCCGGGCUCUUGGGAGUGGCCCCUGGCAUUCCGGGAACAGCCCCUACCUUUCUAGGGUCAUCCCCUGGUCUUCUAGGGAGCGCCCCUGCUGGUUUAGCAGGGUCUACUGCGCCCAACAUGCCAAUGGCCAGAAACAGAAACGUGUCCCCAGAUUCUUCUCAUGUGCAGUCACAGGGAAAUAUCUCAUCUGCUGCAAGUAAUCAAAUGGGGACGGGGCAGCAAUUAUUAAAAUGGGCUGGUUUUCUAAAUGUUGCUGCUGACCAUUCCACGAAAAAGUUUGAUUCCAACACAGAUACCUACUCUAAGGUAACCUCAGCUUUCCGCUGCUUGAUGUCAGACCAGCAUCAGGAUAUCUGUCAGUCAACAUCAGUAGCCCAUGAGGGCCUCACAUGCCCUGUGAUAGAUAACUCUUUUGUGUCUCUGCUGAGAAGAAAGGAUAUCAUUACAUGUGGGGAAGAGCUAGAUGAUCUUGUACACCACGAAGAUCCUCUUUUGCAAGAGAUUCAGAACAGACUGCUGGAAUGUGUCGGCCCACUCACUGUAGCAGGCAUUAACCAUGAGUUAAGCUCCAAGGUGAAAAGCGCACAGACCCCUAAUGAACUUGCCAGCGUUUUAGAGCAGGUGAUCAUGGCUUGCCGCCAGUCAAUGGUAUUUAUUGGGCAAACCUUUGCGUUUGUCAGCCAAGAAAGAAGGAAGAAUCUCUUGAACAAGACCGGACUAGUAUCAGUAGCUCCAAGGUACAACUAUUUCACGAACCUGCAAAACAAUGAGCUGUUUGGGAACAAAUACAUAAAUGAGCUGAGGAACCGAGUGAAGCAUGUCUGCCUCCCUCCUGUCCAUAGCCAGGUAUCCAGUUCCAAUAAGUUCACGGUCACAGAGGAACAAUCAACAAACGAUGCGGCAAUCAAGCCUUCAAAAAUUUCUCAAUCGGCAGAUGCCAAACCUGACACUCAGCCAGAUACAGGUUCUUUGGCAUCCGAUGACAGCAGUAAAUGGAAGACGGAUAAAGGUCCAGCAUCUGCUGAAGGAAAUGACAAGAGUGUGGCAGAGGAUGAGACAUCAGCAGAUGGAGAAAGCAUCAGUCCCCCAGAAGACCCACAGGUCAAGAAUGUCAUUGAUAAACUGGCAAUAUUUGUCGCUGAGAAGGGUGAGGCAGCAGAGAGAGCCGUCAUCCAGUAUAAGAAAGAGGACCCCAAUUAUAGGUUUUUGCAAGAUGCAGACAGCAACGAGUUCAAAUAUUACAAGCAGAAAUUGGCACAGCUUUGUCGCGAAAAUAUUUCUGAGUCAAACCAGGCUGAGUCAGAGUGCAAAACCUCAUUGGAGGGAAUGGAUAACAUACCAGAGGAGUUCCUUGUGCAGGUUGAGACUGCAACGUCCUGUCCAAAUGCAGAUAAAGAUGAAUCUCUCAGUGACACCAAGACAAGAACCAUUGCGGAGAAACUCGCCAAGUUUGUGGCUGAAUGUGGUCCAGAGCUGGAAGAGAUUGCCAUUGAAAAUAACCGGGAUAAUCCCACAUUCUGGUUUCUCUAUGAGGAGAACUGUCCCUAUUUCAAAUAUUAUAAAGAGAAGGUGAAGGAGUACAGCACAGCGGCAGAGAAAUCGGAAUCCUCUGUGGAUCCAGCAUCAGAGGCGGGAUCCUCCGGCCAGUCCGCCCUGCGGGCUAGAAAGAGGAAGGGACUAACGUUGAAAGUGGGCAUGCUGCCACCCAAAAAAGUGCGGCAAACAGCUACCCCGUCACCAGUUCGAGAGCUGAAGCGAAUCGGUUAUGACAAACCAACAUACAAACCGAAGAAAAAGCUGAAAUCUGAGGAUAUAAAUUACACCAGAAACAAACUGGCAACAGACAACCUUGGGUACCAGAUGCUGCAGAAGAUGGGCUGGAAGGAUGGAGAGGGACUGGGCUCAGAUAAACAGGGCAUCAGAAACCCCGUCAACAGGGGUGUAACAUCAACAGACCGGUCUGGGCUGGGAGUUGGUGGACCUGGAGACCCAGAUGACGGGGAUAACGAAUUUGCAACUUUCCGCAAGCGGAUGAUGAUGGCGUUCAGAAGCAAACUGCUGUCCAAGUCCUAGGUUAAUGUUGGGCUAGUGAUGUUGGAGUUGCUGCAAAGUGGGGGAUGGUCUUCACAGCACAGGUUGAGAGGGCCGGAGGCCACAAGAAGUGAAGAGAUUUGAAAAUUGCAGAAUGUUUCUAAUAAAAACUAUCCAGACAAGGA